AUGCUUUUCGGACUCAUCUUCAUAUGCACUCGCAUCACGCAGAUUAUCACUCUGAUACCUCCAGUCGGCAUGCUCAGCUGGUUUGUCAAGAAAUUCAACGACGCAAACAUCCUAACCCCCGACGACGUCCUAGUCCUCUUCAUCGUCACCGUCCUCGCCCUCGCCUGGGCCCUCCUCACGCUGCUCUACUACUCGCGAUCCUCCCACAACGGCAUGUUCAUCUCGUUCGUCGACCUCUGCUUCCUCGGCGGCCUCAUCGCCGGCAUCGUCUACCUGCGCAAGAUCCAGUACGCCGACUGCCAGGACCCGUCCGUCGACAGCAUCUGGUACAACCACAUCCACAACGUGGGCAUCCCGGGCUACUCGUGGCCCAUCCGCAAGCCGUGCGCCAUGCUCAAGGCCUCGUGGGCGUUUGCCAUUAUGAACACCGUCUUCUUUGCCGUCACGGCACUUGCGGCCUGGAUGCACGGAGACAGCGUCAUUGUCGAGGAGCGCGUCGUGCGCCAUCGCAGCUCGCAUCACAGCCAUCGUCAUCGAAGCCGUUCUGGCUCGGGGCGCAGCUACCACUCUUCGCGCCGAGUAUACGUAUAG